AUGGUAACUCUAGACUUUGCGGCGCCUCCCGGGCUGCGAGCGCUCUCCUUACUGUUUCUGUCCUGCUUAAUCAACACAUCCUCUGCUGGGGUCCUCCAACCCCGAGAUGACGUACCGGCCGGCUAUGUUUCCGCACCGUACUACCCGGCACCACACGGCGGAUGGGCCGACGAUUGGGCAGAAGCUUACAGCAAGGCAGUGGACCUUGUCGGGCAGAUGACAUUGGCUGAGAAGACCAAUAUAUCGAGCGGUGUUGGUUUCUUCAUGGGACCAUGUGUAGGCAACACGGGCAGUGCUUUACGCCUUGGAAUCCCGCAAUUAUGUCUGCAAGAUGGACCGCUAGGCGUUCGAACGACCGACAAUGUCACGGCUUUCCCGGCCGGCAUAACGACUGGCGCGACCUGGAACAAGGACUUGAUGUACGAGAGGGGUGUGGCAUUGGGACAGGAGUUCAAAGGCAAGGGUGCCAAUUUCUAUCUGGGCCCCUCGGUGGGUGCUUUGGGUAGGAAGCCUAGAGGUGGAAGAAACUGGGAAGGGUUUGGUUCGGAUCCGGUGCUUCAAGGAAUCGCCGGGGCGCAAACGAUCAAGGGAGUGCAGGAGCAAGGCGUCAUUGCUACCUUGAAGCAUCUCACGGCCAACGAACAGGAGAUGUACCGGAUGUACAACGUUUUCCAACCAGGUUACAGCUCCAACCUCGACGAUCGCACCAUGCACGAGCUGUACCUUUGGCCUUUUGCUGAGGGUGUCCGCGCAGGUACUGGCGCUGUCAUGACAUCGUACAACGCCAUCAACGGCUCUGCCACGUCGCAAAAUGCCUAUCUCAUCAACGGCUUAUUGAAAGACGAGCUAGGGUUCCAGGGGAUUGUUAUGACUGACUGGCUUGCCCACAUUUCUGGCGUACCCUCCGCACUGGCUGGGCUUGACAUGAACAUGCCUGGCGACACCAUGAUCCCCAUCAUCUUCGGGACCAGCUAUUGGAUGUAUGAGCUUACACGUUCGGCGUUGAACGGAAGCGUGCCUAUGGACCGCAUCAACGACAUGGCAACACGAAUCGUGGCGACCUGGUACAAGAUGGGCCAAGACAAGGACUACCCGCGUCCCAACUUCUCCUCAAACACGCGUGAUCGGGAGGGCCCUUGCUAUCCCAGCGCCCUGAUCUCACCAACGUGUGUCGUCAACCAGUAUGUCAACGUGCAGGCCGACCACAAGGUCGUCGCCAAGCAGGUUGCGCAGGAGGCCAUCACUCUUUUGAAGAACAACGGGAGCUUCUUGCCCAUCUCGACCUCAGCGCACCUGAGCGUUUUUGGCACUGACGCUCAAGCCGACUCCCAGGGUAUCAACUCGUGUACCGACAAGAGCUGUAACCGAGGCCUUCUGGGCAUGGGUUGGGGCUCUGGGAGUGCAGAUUACCCCUAUAUCGACGAUCCCAUCAGCUCGCUCAAGCGGAAAGCCAGCAAUGUGACCUACUAUAACACCGACUCGUUCCCGUCCGUCCCCGCCCCCGGAAAGGACGACGUGGCCAUCGUCUUCAUCAACUCGGAUUCGGGCGAGAACUCCUACACGGUCGAGAACAACCACGGUGACCGCGAUAGUUCGGGGCUCGCGGCAUGGCACAAUGGUGACACGCUCGUUCAGAAGGCCGCUGCGAAGUACUCCAACGUCAUCGUCGUUGUCCACACCGUAGGACCGAUCGUCAUGGAGUCCUGGGUCAACCUUCCCUCCGUAAAAGCCGUCCUGGUCGCUCACCUGCCAGGCCAGGAAGCCGGCGAUUCGCUGACUGAGGUCCUCUUCGGCGAAGUUUCCCCCUCGGGUCACUUGCCCUACUCGAUCCCCGUAUCGGAGGACGACUACCCGGCCAGCACCGACAUCAUUACAUUUGCGCUCGGACAGGCCCAGGAUACGUACACCGAGGGUAUUUACAUUGACUACCGGCACCUCAACAAGGCCGGCGUGAAGCCGCGAUUUGCAUUCGGACACGGCCUGAGCUACGCAAGCUUCGAGCUAUCGGACGCCAGUAUCGCCUCCGUCACUGAGCUGUCCAUGGUGCCGCCAGCGCGUCCCGCCAAGCCCACGUCGCCCGUCGCCUCGCUCAACACAACGAUCCCCGCUGCUUCCGAGGCCUACUACCCGUCGGGCUUCAACCGCAUCUGGCGGUACCUGUACUCGUGGAUGGACCAAGGCGACGCCGACAAGGCCUACGCCGUAGGGCAGUCGGGCACUGAAUAUGCGUACCCGGCCGGCUACUCGGAGGAGCAGAAGCCCGGCCCCGCGGCGGGCGGCCCCAACGGCGGCAACCCGGCGCUGUGGGACGUCGCCUACACGGUCUCACUGACGGUGACCAACUCGGGCGCAGGCAACUUCUCGGCCAAGGCCGUGCCGCAGGCGUACGUGCAGUUCCCCGCCGACAGCCCGUACGACACGCCGCCGAUCCAGCUGCGCGACUUUGCCAAGACCGAGGCCCUGGCUCCCGGCGCCAGCGCGACCGUAACGCUCAGCCUGACGCGCAAGGACCUGAGCGUCUGGGACACGGAGCUUCAGAACUGGGUCGUGCCUCCGGGUGAGUACAAGAUCUGGGUUGGGCAGGCCAGUGAUGACCUGACCGUUGUCUGCUCGACGGAGACCGGAUCGUGUGAGGCUGGGGUUGAAGGGCCCGUGUAG